AUGCCAAGCGAUUGCGAGGGCAUUCCGGAGGUCGUUAUCGGCGCCAUCGACCGUGAUAUGGAGCUGCUGCCGCCGGGCAGGCGGGACGCCGCUGGCGGCACUCCCGAGGUCGCGGCGCGCGGCAUCCCCAGGCUCGCGAGGCGGCGCGCCAAUGCAUUCGGGCUGACUGCAGCAAAUCGCUUGGUCAAUCGCUUGCACCCUGCUGCGGUGCGUCCUAUCAGCUCGCUCCGCCAGAUUACCCGCCGCGAGCCGCGCUCAUACGGCCCAUCGAUGGGCUACGGCGCCAAGUACGCCGAGGUGGAGAAGCCGGGUGAGGAAGCUCGGCCGCGGCUAGCCGAGAUGCGGACCCGGGUGGAGGGCUUCUGCCUGACGCCACGAGAGGUCAAGGCGCACCUCGACCGCGUCGUCAUCGCGCAAGACGAGGCGAAGAAGGCGCUCGCCGUCGCAAUCUGCAACCACUACAACCACGUGCGCCGCUGCCUGGAGGACGCUACCCUGGCGGACAGGCACCACCUCAAGCCGAAUGUGCUCCUGCUCGGCCCCUCUGGCUCCGGCAAGACACACCUGAUGAGGGCGGCGGCGGAGCUGCUCGGCGUGCCCUUUGUGCGAGCGGACGCGACUCGCUUCUCGGCGACAGGAUACAUUGGCGCAGACGCGGAGGAAACUGUGCGCCAGCUGCUGCCUGCUGCGAAUGGCGAUCUCGCUCUGGCGGAGUUUGGUGUGGUCUACAUCGACGAGGUCGACAAACUGGCCCAGGGCCCGGGCGGCGGUGGGCAUGAACGGGGCGGCGUGAACACGCGAGAAGUACAGGCGUCGCUGCUAAAGCUCAUGGAAGACGGGGUUGUCCCCUUGACACCGGGCCCUGGCAGAGGCGCCGUGCGUGGCCCACCGGCACCGGCGGGCGGCCCAUCCGCAAGCCUGCGGACCCGGCACAUCCUGUUCGUCUUCUCGGGCGCCUUCUCCUCGUGCGAGUCUCCGCCCGUCAGCAGCGAGGAUUUUGUGCGGGCGGGCCUCUGCGCCGAGUUCAUAGGGCGCAUCCCGGUGCGCGUUGCGCUGCAGCAGCUGACGGACCACGACCUUCUGCGCGCGCGCGAUAACGUCGUCGAGCAGCUGCAGGCCGACUUUGGAGCGUAUGGGAUUGAGUUGCACCUGACGCGGGGAGCGUUGGAGGUGGUGGCAAGCCGCGCUGCCAGCCAGGGCACCGGCGCGCGAGGUUUGAUGACCAUCUUGGAGGCCGCGCUGCGCCCUUUUAAUUUCCAAUUGCCUUCCACGAGCAUCACGCGCCUCGAGGUGGACGACGCCAUGAUUCGAGAGCCGGAGAAGGCGCUCGCAAAGCUGAUGGCGAAGGAACUUUCCAUCCUUGGGCUCGCAACGACCGUGCCAGGCAUGGUCGGCGUCGAGGCCGGCAACGUCGUUGACAAGGACCUGGUGGAGGUGAGGGAGGCGACCGUGGAGGCCGACGAGGAUGCCAGAGCAUGA